AUGUAUUUAAAUAGAAACAGUAAGCUAAUAAAACAAACUUAUUAUAUUUUUAGAAAUAAAAAUUAUAAUAAUGUUUGUAAAUUUAAUAGCAAUGGUAGCAGUGGUAGUAGUAAUGGUUUAUUAUAUUUAAAAAAUCAAUAUUGUAAUACAACUCAACAACAAUAUCAACAACAACAACAACAUAAUAAUAAUAAUUUGAAUAGCAUUGAGAAUGAAAAGAUAAAAUUGUUAAAUUCAAAUAUCGCAUCUUCAUAUAAUUUCGAGGAUGGUAAAAGAUUGACAUUCCACCAUAACAUGGUGAGUGGUGACAACUACGAGGAUGCCUACAAUUCAUUUAAAUGGACAAUACCAGAGUAUUUCAAUAUCGGUACUGAUAUAUGUGAUAAACAUCUAAAUGAUAAGCGAGAUCAUAAAGCAAUCAUCUAUGAAGAUGAACAUCAUAAUAUAGAAAGUGUAACAUUUGGUGAAUUAUAUGAACAAUCCAAUCAGUUGGCUAAUGCAUUGAAGGAAUAUGGUAUUGGUAGAGGUGAAAGAGUUGGUGUGUUACUAUCGCAAGGCAUUGAAACUGCACUUUCACAUAUCUCUGUGUUCCGUAUGGGUGGAGUAUCAAUUCCUUUAUUCACUUUGUUUGGACCAGAAGGUUUGGUAUAUCGACUCUCCAAUGCAGAGGCAUCGUGUGUCUUGACAGAUCACGAUAAUCUACCAAAGUUACUUUCGAUUCAAAGCUCAUUACCAAAUCUUAAAAAGAUUAUAGUAUUUGGAAAACAAAAGAACAAUCAUCAUCAUAACAAUCAAACAACUCAAUCAAAUAGAGAUAAUAACUUUGUAAUAGAAUGGAAUAAAGUUAAGAAUAACUUUUCAAAUCAAUUCAAACCUGUACAGACAAAAUCAGAAGAUCCUGCUUUGAUUAUUUUCACUUCAGGAACGACAGACUGGGCUUGGAUUGGUGGUUUAAUCGAUGUACUCCUGCCAUCGCUCUACUAUGGUGUCACAGUGUUGGCACAUCGCGCAUCAAAGUUUGAUCCAAAGAAAAUCUCGGAUCUAAUGCUCCGCCACAAUGUAACCACUUGUUUCCUGCCACCGACCGCCCUGAAAAUGAUGAGACAAGUUCACGAUCUACCGGUAAACACCAAGAUGAUCUCUAUUGGAUCGGGUGGCGAGAGUUUGGGUGAUCAACUUUUGGAUUUUGGUAGACGUGUUUUUAAUGUUACCAUCAAUGAGUUCUACGGACAGACCGAAGCAAAUCUACUCGUUGGAAACUGUUCGCUGAUGAUGCCAGUAAAGAAUGGAUCAAUGGGAAAACCAAUUCCAGGACACAGAGUGGCGAUAGUCAGCGAUGAAGGUGAGCUACUACCACAAGGCGUCGUUGGUAACAUUGCACUGGAAACACCGGAUCCAGUGGUAUUCCUUCGCUACUGGAACAACGAUAGCGCCACACAAGCCAAGUACAAAGGAAGAUGGCUGCUGACCGGAGAUCUCGGCAAAGUCGAUAAGGAUGGCUACUACUGGUACGUCGGAAGAGACGAUGAUAUUAUCAAUUCCAGUGGUUAUCGUAUUGGACCGAGUGAGAUUGAACAUUGUAUACUCAGACAUGACGCCGUUGCAAUGUGUGGUGUCGUAGGAGUACCCGAUGAAAUCAGAGGUGAAGUUGUCAAAGCCUACAUUGUCCUGAAAGAAAGUGUAAAGAGCGAAUAUAGCAACAAAGAGUCAUUGGACCAAUUGAAAUCAGACAUUCAAAAGAUGGUAAGAGACAACUUGGCAGCCUAUGAAUAUCCAAGGCUAAUUGAGUUCAUCGACAGUCUACCAAUGACAACCACCGGCAAAAUAGUUAGAAAAGAUCUUAGAGAAUUACAUUCUAAAUCACUUAAAAAUUAA